UAAGAUAAAAAUAAUCGAUGUCAAAAUAAUCGAGGUGAUAUCGCCCAUCCCUAGUCCUAUUAGGUGGAGAAGAGCGCGCAGCAGCAGCACACUGAGAAAUAGUCCUGUUAGGUCUCUGAUCUGAUGUCGUGUACUCAUGUACACACGUUAGUUGCAAUGAAGGAUUAACCCAAGGUAUCGUCAAGGUGUCUCGCAGGAAUUGUCAGUACCCUUCGCUCGUUCUCGUCGUUAGAACAGAAAUAUUAAGAAAAAAAAAAAAAAAAAAAAAGUAGAGACGCCUAGUCUUCAACAUUGAGUAAUAUGUCGGAUACGCGACGACGUCGAAAAUCCAAUCAAUCGUCCGAUGAUCUCUCGGAUUCAUAUGAAGAAUUGAAUGUGACAAAGGAGACUCAGAGCAGUGAGCAAACCGAUGGACACCAAGAUUCAGAAUGUGAUAUUUAUGAAAGUGAUACUGAUGCUGAAUCACAAGAUGGAGGAGAACAACGAGAAAGUGGUGAUGGUCAAGAGGAAGAGAAGCCACAGAAAAAGUUGGACGAUGAUGAAGACAGACGUAACCCACAAUAUAUUCCAAAACGUGGGACAUUUUAUGAACAUGAUGAUCGUACAACUGAUGAAAUAACUGACAAUAACCCUGAGACUCAGACAAAUGUGAAAGAAACUAAAGAGAAAAAAGUGUGGAAAGAUAAAGGAGAUAGAUGGGACCAUGAUCGGUAUAACGAUGAAGAACAAGCUCCAAAAAAGCCUGAAGAGUUAAUAGCAACAUAUGGUUAUGAUAUAAGAAAUGAAGAGGGGCCACCUAGAGCUAGAAGGAGAAGAAGAUAUGGCCGUGGGCCUAACAAGUAUACAAGGAACUGGGAAGAUGAAGAUGCAUAUGGGAAAACAGGCAAUACUCCCAGUAGAGGAACUAACAGACGUUUCCAUAAAAAUAAUGAGGAUUUCCCUAGUCUUGGUUCUAGUAAAAAUACUCCAACAAAAGUAGAAGAACCUGUAAUUUCUUCUGCUUGGUACAGUAGUAAGAAUAAAAUACAAAACAAGACGCAAAAUUUUCCACCUCUUCAAUCGCAACAAGAUAAUAUCAAAUCCAAGCCUGCUACUGUCUCCAAUACAUCCACAAGCGAAAGCAAAGCACCAAAUGGAUCCACUAAUGCAGCAUGGAAGAAAGAUGGUAAACAUUCGGUUCAAAAUCAGAGUGCAAAUGGAAAUGCCGGAUCCGGUGGUGAUGCGGAAAAAUUGGCUAAUAACAAAGCGUCACCAAGAGAAAGUGUCAACAAGAGAAAUACCCAAGAAUCUGUGAGCUUGACUGCAAGUAGAACACGUGGUAGAGGUUUCAAGUCCAAUGCCAAUAACAAUAUGGUCACUAACAGAAUAGUUGAGAAUAAAUCGAAAGGCCGUGGUUCUGCUCCAGUUGCUGUUGAGAAUAGAAGGAACAAUACUGCGCAGCUCAACGAUGAGCAUCAGCUUGUUCAUGAUAUGAAACAGCUCAAUGUUAGCGAUGGUACUCAGUAUCACCAGACCGCAAGACACAGCAAAGGUUUCUUCGCGUCCUCCAACCAACACAGAUCAAACGCGGUACCACCUAGAAUGCAACAGCAACAAUCACACCAGCAACAAACGCACUCGCAACAACAGACCAUACAGCAACAACAAGACGGCUCUGGAAACAGACCUAAACGUUACUCUAGUCAGCGUCAGCGGACUACCAUUUCAGAAACUUCGAGCCAACAGAAUUAUCCAUCCCAACACGGACAACACGGAUAUUUCUCACCUCAAGCUGGAAAUUCAAGAGCCGUUCUAGAGUCUCAAGGCUAUCCACAAGGGCAUUUUGAGCAAUCUUCCGCAGUUGCUCCAGCUACAACAGCCAUAGCGGGGCAACCUGUUAUUUCUCUACCGCCCAGCGGACAACCUGCUGGUUACGCACCACCAGCGUUCUUAGUGCCGCCACCUCAAUUUAUCCCACCUCAAACCGCACCUCCUAGUAUAAUUAAUUAUGUACCCGGUCCAAAUGGCCCAACAUUCCCACCAAAUUUUCAAGGUUACCAAGGAUAUAAUCCUCCGGUACAGCCUCAAGGACCACCACCGCCUCAAGAAUUGUUUCAACCGCAAGGAUGUACUUACUAUAGUCCAGCGCAGCAACAACAGCAGCAAGCACAGACAGCCCCUAUACGACGACCGAAAGCGGCGAUACCUAUUCUUCCACCGCCUGAUAAUCAGCAAAGUGGCAGAGGAAGAGGUAGAAGCACUCAGCAGUAUCAACAAAGUAACCAACUCGGUAAUAUGCAACAGCCUGAGCAACAAGAAGUCAAGAUUAAUGCAGUGGCUGGAAGUGACGAGAAAUCUGUGCCGGGACAAUUCGACAGUGUGCAAGUCGAGCAAUCGAGCACGCCGAAAGAUCAAGAAUCCCAAAAGAUUCAAGCUUCCUCAGAUACAGUUAGAACAGUGAAUAUCGACGAAAGCGUAGACAGAAAUACCAAUGUCGAUACUCACAUAAUGCUUGACGCAUCAUCCAUUAAGAAGGAUAACGUAAAUGACAGUGUCAGUGUGAAAGAAUUACUGGAAACAACAUGCAUUGAAAAAGAUACGGUUUUGCCCAACCAAGCGACAUUGGCUAUCACCGCCAUCACUACCACCGCCGCCGCUACCGCUACUACGAUCACUACCACCGCCACAGAGACUGAACACGAAUUAAAUAACAUUGAAUCCGCGAUUACCGAAAAUACUAUUGUCGAAAAAGCGGCAGCCUAAGAAAAGUGUAAUUAUAUACAUAUAUAUAUAUAUAUAUAUGCACUUUGUAUUCAUAUGGUACGAUCUUUUUUCCCAUCAACUCGUCCCAAAUUGCAAACAGGAUACAAAACGGAACUAGACUAUCCGCAGUGCAUAGGUUAGGGGGAUACUGCUUGGAAAAUACAUCUCGUUCAUUCAUAUAUAUCUCCAUUCGCAUAUUUACUCUGGCAAUUGCUCUGUGCAUGCAAUUGCUUGCUAUAGAAAUAUCAGGGGCUCGGAAUAAUUAUUAAUCAAAUAUCGAUUCUCUAUUGGCAUAUGUUUUAUUCAGGAGUGCGAUAGCACUAGAUUUUACGAUCGAUUAAAAUGUCGAAUCUUAAAAUGAUGCUUUCUAUUGCAACUGCGCAUUAAGUAAACUAAUUAGGCUAAGUAGGUGUCUAACAUGCGUGUAUAUUGUGACUUAUAACUUUAGGAAUCCGGAUCCGCCACUGCAGCCAUGUUAGCGCUAUUUAUUUUAAGAUAUAGUUUACGCAAAUUAGCUGAGCGUUUUAUUUAAUCAAUAUUUUCGUACGUUAAUUGUUAUAUUUAAUUCGCAAUACGGAUUUGCGAGAUAUAUAGCCAAAUAUUCUCUUAACAUUUUAUAUGAAGCUAAACUUGCUCGUUAUAUAUGUGAGAAGCCGAAAUUUUCCUUUCGGUAAUAUCAUUGAACAAAUGGCUGCAAAAUUGGUUUAAUUUCUCUCUCUCUCUCUUUCUUUUUUUUUUUUUUUUUUUUUCUUUCUACUUCUUCAGAACACUUGUAGAUUGUACGCGCGAGAGAUCAUACAAUUCUAUAAUUAUAAUAGUUAAGAAUUUUAUAUAAUCAAUUAUAUAAUUAAUUAAUAUUUGCUUCGAUAUAAUCGAAGAACAGCUUCUUACGGUAUCAUCUCUAUGAUAUCGUAGUCCAGUAUAUGGCUACGGUGACCUAUCGGAAAAUCUUGAAAGACUUCACACGAUUGAUUAGAAUAAAAUAAGUUUCCCAAAAGAUCGAUAUCCAAACCAUUUUAUUCGAUACAAUAACGUUUAGAUAGUAAUCUCAUACUGCUGUUAUUAUCGCCUUGUAUUGAAUAACUUUUUUUUCUUUCUCAUAAGCAGAGUUUACUGUAGCUGGUCACAUUAUUUAGCGGAAACCAUUAUUGUGUACUAAUAAUGUAAUAUAUUCGGCAGCUAUGUGGCCGCCAUGACUGCGACACGAUAUAACUAAUAACUCUACAUACUUUUCCAAUGUUACAACUAUCUACAGUGCAGAAAUGUUUGUAGUAUAUUAUAAUAUUAACGAAAUACAUUUCAUUGAAUAACGUAAGUGUGCAUGUAUCUUUAUACGUGUUUACAAGUAACUUUCCGUGCGCGAUGAAAGGGUAAAACAAAAGUAAGAAUUAUAUUAAUUUAAUGAGAUGUGUGUUUUUUCCAUUUGUGUGUUUCGUACGCAUUUCUGCACUACUUUUCUCUCGUUGCUUUGUCUUUGUGUAAAGAUAUAAAAUUACAUUUCAUCUUAGCGAAAAGAAAAACGUAAGGGAGUACAUACAGCUGGAACGAACAGCUGUUUAAUAUCUCUGUUUACCACUUAAUUUUCUUUUAUAUUAUAAUAUCUUUUGUCAUGAUAUUUUGCAUUAUAUAUUUUACAGUUUAUUAAAUAUAAACUGGCUGUUUGUCACAAAUAUGAUAAUGUACAUUGCCUUUUUCAAAUUGUCUAAACUACGUAUAUCUCUGAGUUCUAGAUUGAAUAUAUAGUAUAAAGUGUCGGUAAUCAUUGAAGUGAUACAUCAUUCUCAACCGCAUUGAAAUUUGCGAAGAAAUGCGUCCAGAUGAAACGUAAUCGAUUAGUUUUCUUUGCAAGUCGCCCCAAGAUCAUUAUAGCUAGAAAUAUAAUAAUGGCAAAG